GAAUUGUCAUUCAUACACAGUAAUAAUGGUUUGCCAUUUGAAUGGCUCGGGAUUGUAAGAGGAAAUUCCAAUUAGUUUGUGAAAGACUGGCAGACAUUAGCAGUGAGACGAGGUCUAGGCCUCUCUGUGUAUGUAAAUGUUGUAAUACUUGUUGUUUAGGUAAACAGUAACAACAACGAAUGGACAUGUCUACAUAAGUGUUGGUAAAGUGGAUAUAUAGCUGACUCAUUCAAGCGCAGCAUUCAAAAUUAAAGCAACAGCCUAAUGCUCAACGAUGGUGUUCAUGCAUGUUGAUGGAAUCUGUAAACUUCGCACGGAAAUUCGCAAUCGAAAGGUCUAAAGAACAAUAUAGCAUGAUUGGAGGCGACUGUAACCUUCAUCUAUAAACAAUAAAUGUUUGACACUUGAUGCUUGCUUUGACCAGGUGACAGCAUGUGACAGACGUGCAUCUAAAUAGUGAUUUUAAACAUGUUCGAAAUGCACCUGAAUGAUGUACGAUUCUGUAUUAUGUGUUUUACGUCAAUGGGAUCUUGUCUAGGAGGUUUCAAGUUCGAAGUCACCGAGCGGUAUUUUAAGCGUUGUAAACCAAGUUUGUAUCACUUUUGCUGUCACCCGGAGGGAGACUGACAUUAACAUUGUUAGGAAACAGGAACUGUUAGAAAAUAUGAUGUCGGCCACUGUAUGGAAUUCUGUGAGACACAAACAGAGAAAAAUUCAAAGAAAACACGGUAUGGCGACUUUGGUGGAGAAACCCCCUGACCUUGGGGCCGACAUCGAGUCAAAAUCACCCAUCGAUGUCGAUAUCAAUGAUCUAAAAGGAAUUCAGGUGAAGGAAGCCAAGUUUGGUAAACAUGGUGUCCUUCAAAUCAAAAAUGCUACGGCUAUUCAUGUGACAACGCCGAUGAUUCCCGAAGCAAUUGUAAAAACAGAAAAAGGAGUCAUCGGGAAACCCCCGAUCGUUCGAAAAAGUAAAAAAAAUGAUUAUCCAGAUGAUCGAACAGAGGGAAGGUCCACGCGUCCAGGUUCGGAAAUCACGAUUCCGGAUUCUAGGUCUCGUGAUGACCGGGAUUCUGAUGUAGGUAAUGAUAAGAUGGGCAGAAUUAAGUCGCCUAUGUCGGUCCAGGUUGAACGGAAACAGCCGCCAAACAACACACCAGCCUCACGAGCAUUCUCCGACUAUACACGGAACUCAGGCGGAAGUACGAAAUACCACGUGAUGGUACCUGGUCAAGGUCACAUCGACCCGCUCCCUUCUCCCUCCAAGCGAAUGCACCAGAACAGUCGUACUCGUCGAGUCCCAGCCAAGCUGAUAAGACUAGCCACGGUCACUUUCUCGGCAAGGACUAAGCCAGCAUCACGGGGCCAGGGUUCAAGUCUGUACUACGAGGAACCAAAGAAGCCCACCAAGGUGAUAGGAUGGGACGUGGCAAACAAUGCUCGACCCCCUCUGAGGGUGGACAUGGAGGGUCCAGGGCCGUGCUCCUACUCUCCCUGCAACAAACCCCUUGGGGAGACCAACGCUCCCUCUUGGACAUUUAGGGCAAAAUGUGCUCCUGAAAAAGCGGGAGGGGCCCGGACAUCAUGGGAGAAGCCAUGGUUCCAGAGUCCUCAUAUCUGGCAGACGAAGACCGACUUCUUCAACGACACCAGUUGGCCAACUCCUAACCUGUACAAACAGAAGUCCUUGUUAGGGCCACGCCAGAGAACCAUGACAGAGGCGCCAUCCUUCACCAUUGGUGUCAGGAAGGAGGUUUCCAUGAAUAAAGCCGGAUCCUCUAAGGAGCCGAGUCCUAACGAGUACGAGAAGGAUACAGCCGACAAACUGGUCCACCAGCGGGGACCAUCCUAUAGCCACCAGUUCCGACGCUCAGGCACCGUACUCUGGCCCUCCAUAGAAAAGACACCCGGUCCUGCGGCCUACACCCCAGUCUACGCCCAAAACAAGACCUCCGGACCGGCCUUUACUAUAAGAAGUAUUCGACGGGACGCAUCCCACUCGCUUGGUCCAAAUUCGGCAUUUUAACUGAUCAACAUUAUACAGUCAUAAAUAUAAAGUGUGAAAUUCUCAACGUUAUUAUACUCGGAAGUUCCUCACCGGGGUUGUUACACGACUGUUAGAUCAAAAGGACACUUUCAUUUAAACAUGAGAAUUGAAAAUCGUGUGCUGAAAAGCUCUGGAUGGAAUAGAACCUGUUACGCAUGCGAUUAGUUAUCAAAACACCAACAUGUAUAAUAAGGGAGAGCAUUAUUCAAGGAAAUAUCGACAAAGAUUCAGUAAACGACAGAAACGACAAGCAAUAUGAUAUAACAAUGUGUGGAAUCUUUAAAGUAUCGUUGUUUGUAUAGAUGUGGAGGUAUUCUUGUUUUGUUUUUGUUUUUUAAUCCAUUUAUCUAUUGUGUACAAAAGCUGUUAUACAGUGGAAAUGUAGAAGUGCUAAUAAUGGAUGACCUAUCAGUAUUCAAGUAGAAAAAUGUGUUUAUGGGGUUGGACGUUUAACAUGGUUUUAAAGUUAUUACCGUUAAAGAAACAUUCAAUCGUUAACGUGUUAGAUACUCUUGAAAGCAAAAAUGAUUUUGAUGUUCUUUGUACAUUUCUGAACGAUAGUGAAAAUGUGCAAUGCAUAUGCGAUAGUGAUACUUUAUGAUUUAACUUGCGAACAACAUAAAUUUAAACACUAUAUGUACUUUCGUAGUUUUUGGACAAUGUAGGAAAAUAGUUUACUAUAUAUACUGUCUUAAUCUGAGGCAACGUAGGUUAUCAUAACACUUUAUCAUUAUAAUAUCUUAGUCCGAUAACCAUAAAGGAAAAUUAUGCUUUAUUUACUCUCUUAGUCUUUCGACAAUGUAGGAAAAUAUUUUACUAUAUAUACUGUCUUAAUCUGAAGCAGCGUAUGUUAUCAUAACGCUUUAUCAUUAUAAUAUCUUAGUCCGAUAACCAUAAAGGAAAAUUAUGCUUUAUGUACUCUCUUAGUCUUUGGAAAAUAUGUAUACUAUAUAAACUGUCUUAGUCUGAUGACAAUAUAGGAAAAUAAUGCUACAUAUACUGUCUUAGUCGAAUGACAACAUAGGUUAUAAAAAUACUACAAUAAUAUAUGAAAACAGCCCUCAUAUGUAUAACGUGUAAUAGAUAAUUACCUGUUUAAGUACGUCCUAUAUAUAUACGAUAAUCACAGUAACGCCAAUAUAACUAUCUAUAGACAACCAGAUUUCACUCUGUAAAUACUGUCGCCAGAAAUUAUAGUAUAUCAAGCACUGCCAUGACGUAAUAUAUACUCCCCAAAUCUUUCAUACCAAACUAUUUAACUAAAGUAACACUAAACAACCUUGUAUAAUAUGGUUUUUAAUUUUAAUUUUCCAACACUUAUCAUAAAACGGUCGUGUAUGUAAUUUUGUUACAGUUGUAUGACUACAAUUGCGUUUCAAAUGACACCUUCCAUGAUCACAUCUAUAUUUACAUACUCUCACCUAUGGACUCCCAUGGUAAGUCAGUUAGAAUAAGAUACAUAUGCAGCCUGGCACUAGUACAAGUAAAUACAAUAUAUCUGUCGUGCUGUACUGGUAAGUAUCCCCUGUCAAGGAUCAUGCCAAGUGGCUGACCCCAUUUUGGCACAGUUAUCAGAAUAUCUGGAAUUGAAGUCCUUCGUUGAGAUAAAAGUUCAAAUAAGACUGCUGAAAACCCUUUUAGAGUUGGCGUAUAAAACAUGCUAAAAUGUGAUCAAUUUGUAUUCCCACCAAACCCGUGCGUAUCAAUUAUCUACAUGUAUAAAAUCAGGUUUGUUAAAGAUUAAACAGAACAGUAUUUCAACAUCGUAGUUUAAAAUAAAUAAAAUAGCAUUAAAAUGUUCAAUUAAUCCGCGCCUAUCAUUUAAUGAAGUAACUUACUGCUAUAGUGGAUUUAUUUUAUUUAUAAUGACAUAUUUUCAAUUUGCGGUCAUGAUCUUUUUGCCAUCUUCUAAAGUGUGUCUAUCAGAUUACAUUAUUUAUCUAUGGUUAUUUGUGUCUGUUGUAUCAAUCUUUUGUCAACUUUUAUUUGCAGUAUGUUUUUUGUUUCGAGUGAAAGUAUCUUUCUUUUUUAUUUCAAUUAAAACUCAAACCUUCACAAUAGUUUUCAUGCUUAAUGUUACCUAUUAACUUAACUGUUUUAUUAGAUCUGAAAGUCUUGUUUUGAACCAUUUAUCGAUAUAUUUGAAAUGAAACAUAUUCUGACACCAAUAAGUAUAGAUCAGCGUGUUGGCACCAUUAUGAUGAAAUUCUCACCCAUGAAUUUAAUACUUUUUUACAAUGACAUACAACUGAUUCUGAUAUAGUUAGAGCAGUGUUCGAUUAUUUUCAAGAUUGACAAGAAUGUUAAAUAAAUACGAAAACAUGCACAAAAGACUAGUUUUAGAUAAUUUUAAUAUGAUUUACGCAUGUAUGUUCAAACCUAUUAUAAAGGAACUAAAAAGUUUGCUGGAUCUUAAUUUUCCUCUGAGAAUUUAUUCAUGAACUAAUUUGUUGUUGGUCUUUGGAUAUUAUCGCUAUAUUAGUUGAAUAUCUAAAAGAAACAUCAGCUAUCUGUCAGCUGGUAUGUACAUCAUUAAAUACCAUACAGCUGGUAUGUACAUCAUUAAAUACCAUACAGCUGGUAUGUACAUCAUUAAAUGUCAUACAGCUGGUAUGUACAUCAUUAAAUGUCAUACAGAAUGAGUCACUCUUCUUUGUGUGUACUCUAGAUAAUUGUACAAUGUUUAAUGCAUAAACAUUUUAUUAUUGUUUUCCAAUCAAAGUGAGUGUUUGUUGAUAUCGUUAUAAUUAUAAAUGUAUAUUUAUUUUUUAUAAAAUACUAAUCGACUAAGUUUUAUAAAUCCUGCUACCAUAUUCUUUCAAAACUAUGUACAGUUAUAUAUGUUUGUAUAUGAAGUAUAUUUUAUUGUUUUGUUUUAUUGAAAUGAGAUUUCUUUCUAUUGUAUCAUAAAUGUGUUUAUCGAUGUGUGUAGUACGUGACACGAAUAGAAAAUAAACUUAUUUGUAUACGGCGUGUCCAAAUAAAGUCUGUGAUAUGAAAAGUA